CCCAUGCAGAGAUGGAGUUUGACUCGUACCAACACUACUUCUACGACCACGACGCCCAGGAGGAUUUCCACCGCUCCACAGCACCCAGCGAGGACAUCUGGAAGAAGUUCGAGCUGGUCCCCACGCCCCCCCUCUCCCCCCUGGGUAUCCCCGGGGAGAAAGCCUGCUGCUCGGGGGCGGAGGAGCGCUCCGGCUGGCUCUCCCGCUACUGCCUGGCCGGGGAAGAGCCGGAGUAUCUCAUAGGGACGGGGGAGAUUUUCGGGAACCUGAGCGCUUUCAUCCUCAAGGACUGUAUGUGGAGUGGGUUUUCAGCCCGGGAGAGACUGGAGAAGGCGAUGACAGAGAAACUUUCCACGGGCACGCAGAGGGCCACCCCCCACAAACCCUCCUUCGCCCAGGAUUUUGGGUUCAGCAGCUCGGUGAGCGAGUGCGUGGAUCCUGCUGCCGUCUUCCUUUGCCCGCUAGCCGAGAGCAAGAUCCCCGCGUCCUCGGGAUCCGAGGGCCAAAGCGAUUCUGAAGGCGAGGAGAUUGACGUGGUGACAGUGGAGAAGAGACAGUCACUCAGCCUGAGGAAGCCGGUCACCAUCACACUGCGCGCUGACCAUUUGGACCCCUGUAUGAAGCGCUUCCACAUCUCCGUCCACCAGCAGCAGCACAACUAUGCUGCCCGCUCGCCACCGGAUGCCUGUCCCCUGCCAGAGCCACCCCAGCAGGAGAAGGACGAGCCACUGAGCGCUGCAGAGCCAGCCCCUGCCAUCACGCUGCCAGAGCCCGGCUUGCCAAAAGCUGGCAGCAGCCCCAGCUCUGACAGCGAGGAUGUGGCCAAGAGGAAAAACCACAACUAUCUGGAACGCAAGCGGCGCAACGAUCUGCGUUCACGCUUCCUGGCCCUGCGGGACCAGGUGCCUGGGCUUGCCAGCUGCCCCAAGACACCCAAAGUGGUGAUCCUGAGCAAAUCCUCCGAGUACCUGCAGUCGCUCAUCAGUGCUGAGAGGAGGAUGGCAGCCGAGAAGCGGCAGCUGCGGCUGCGGCAGACCCAACUGCUCAAACGGAUUGCUCACCUCAAGGGACACUAGCACCCAACGUGCCCCCCAUCCUGGUCACCACGACCCCCUGGCUCCCUCUCAAUUUGCACAUUUUUUAAUUUUUUUUUGGUUGUUUGUUGAACUGUUGGCCCCAGGGGACUGGAGCAUGUGGUGGUGGCUGCAGGAAUGGAGCCACAGUGGGGGGCCUCUCCGUGGCAUUGCCUGCCUGGGGCUGGCUUCUUGGCACCGGGUAUUGCACGAUUUCCCUUGUCCGCCCCCCCCCGUGAAGCUUUUUUGAGUGACUGCUUCGAGUCGUGAGCUCAACUCCAUUCCCCCUCCCCGACAGCCCCUGUGCCCCUCUCUGCUGUUUGCCACCGACAGCAUCGCUGAGAGCUGCCCCUCGGUGUCCACCUCACCCUAAAAAUCCCAAACAACCAUGGUCUGCUUUGGCUCAGGGCAGCAGGCAGAGGCAGAUAAGGAGAGCCCAGCAUGGGGCUCGUCUCUGGAUGGAUCUCCAUGGAGAUGGUGACGGCAGGAUAUCUCUCUCACCAGGGUUAACAGCACCCCGUGGGCGAUCCCCUUGCUCGGUUGGGCUGUACCUCACUUUCUUACCACUUCAUGCAGUAGCUUGUCUUGGAUUUCAUGUUCUAGAAACUGCUGCUGUAACUGCAAGUCUUAUACUGGAGGCUGUGUUUUUUAUAUUGUAUUUUUGUACCACUUUUUGAGAAGUAUUGGUAAAGAGUUUGCUUUUUUUUAUAUAUAUAUAUAUAUAAACUUUUUUUGGAGGGAGGGUUCCUGCUGCAGGGGAGGGCUCAGUCCUGCUGCACUUUAGGGAGAUCAGGAAGGGGCUGGCUCCUGCCGGACCCUUGAGCUGAGUCCUCGUGGAGGCCAGUCCCCCCCUUGCAGCUCUCCAAACCACCCAUUUGCAAUAACAGGGGAUUUUUUCCCCUUUCCCACCCUUGUGAGCAUCCCUGUGACCCCCUUUCCCACCCUUGUGAGCACCCCCUCACCAGCAGCCGCUUAAAAUCCCCAGUGAAGCUUUGGGCUUUGCAGGGAGCCUGGCUGGAGGCAGCAGGUUGGGUGCACGGGGCGGGGGGGGGGUGCGCUGUGCUGCCUUUGAGGCUUCCUCCUGCCUGUGCUAUCCUGCUGCCCAACCUGUGGUAGGGUACGUGGGUGGCAGAGUCCCCUGUCCCCUCCCAGGUGUGCUGGCAGUGGUGGCCCUGCAGGAUGGCACCCUCGAGGUCCCUGCUGACCUGCUGAGAACUGUUAGAGUUAACACUGUGGUUGGAUUUAGCACUUUCUUCAUUACCUCACACUUCAUAAAUAAAUAC